AUUUAGGGAAUUUGGUCGUUUCAAUUAAGAGUCAGGCUCACAGAGUCCCAAAACAUCAGACAUCAUGGCAGCCCAUAAAAGGAUCAUCAGGGAGUUACAAGAUUUGGGCCGAGAUCCACCUGCUCAGUGUUCUGCUGGCCCUGUCUCUCUUGAAGACAUGUUUCAUUGGCAAGCAACCAUCUCGGGACCGGACGAUAGUCCGUACAACGGUGGAGUGUUCUUCCUUACAAUCCACUUCCCUACAGAUUAUCCUUUCAAGCCCCCAAAGGUGUCAUUCACCACGAGGAUAUACCACCCAAACAUCAAUAACAAUGGCAGCAUUUGUCUAGACAUUCUUCGAUCUCAGUGGAGUCCUGCUCUAACCAUUUCCAAAGUGCUGCUGUCAAUAUGCUCACUGCUAACGGACCCCAACCCAGACGACCCUCUGGUCCCCGAGAUAGCUCGCAUGUACAAGAGCGACGAGAAGAAGUAUAAGCAGCUGGCACGAGAGUGGACUAAAAAGUACGCCAUGUGAUCAGGACUGUUCAGUGUUCAUUUUUCUUGAGAUGGGUAAGAUCGGUCUAAAUAGUGGGUGAUGUGAGACUGUUAAAGCCACGUGUUAAAGAUAAAUUUCGACCCUUCAAAAUUCGUAUUUCGUCCAAUAAUGAUAGAACUGUGCCUAUCUGGUCAAAUAUUUUAGGGUUAAAUUAUCAGUAGAUGUUUUUAAGUUCAUAGAUGGCUUUGUAUUUCCAAUUGUUUUUAGUUGAAUAAGUGUUCUCCGCAUGAGUGAUAUGAUAUUUGAUUGUCAAGUUAGAGCUUUGUAACUACAGCUGUCAUUGAGAAUAUAUUCUUUGAAAUACAUAUCGGACAUCAGUAAAUUAAUACAGUUUAAAGUUUAGGCCGUGUGAAACUUGUUUUGAAAAUGAAUUUUUCGAUGAUGGCUGUUUAUUCCCGAACAUUGUUUUGAAACUUUGCUUCCGUGGAUUUUUUCGUUCUUAACUUGAACAUUUAACUGUAUCUCUUCGUUGUGCUAAAAGUGGCAAUAGUUUAAGUUUUAUUUUCAAAACGUGAUGCAAAUUUUGCCAGUCAAUCAUAGCCUUAAAACUCGUGAAGUUUUCUUAAUAAUUAUUCAAUCUUUUGUACAGCGUUACUAUGAUUAAAAUGCUUUUUCUAGAGUAAGUAUUUUCUCUUUAAGUCACAGACGAUGCUAUGUUAGAUUUGUAUUAUCGCAUUCAAUUUUGUUGAUGGAUUCUCUUCAGAAACAAGAUUUGGAGAUUUAUAAUUACGGGAUUCGUGACUGAUAUUGUCAAAAUGGAUCAGCGGUAAAGACUGUUUCUGGUUCCGGCUUCUAAAUUAAACCACUAAAA